CCACCCUUCACGGUAAUCAACCCCACUAAGGAUGUCUCCCAGCACCAGCCAGAGGGAUGCCAGUCCACCCCCCGCGCGACCCUCGAUGAUCGCCAAUGGACAGGCGUGUGCUGCGCUUCCACGUGAGACGAUCCCGGCCGAUGGCUGCAUCACAUGGAGGGCCGCGCCCGUGACCGGACCGAGAGGCGAACAAGCAGAGGCAGGUAGCUUGCGCUCAGUUCCUCCCCCGCAAAGCUAAUCCAGCCUGAGAUUCUGGGCCACUGCUGUAAUCAGACGUCUAUCACUUCACCACCUCCACUGAUAACUCGUAGCUUCUCCCUGCGUGGCUUGCCGCAUCCGUGCCUGGUAGGAAUGAAGCGAGCUGUGGCGGUAAAGGCCAAGACUUUCUUUCGGAUUCAGUGGUUCUCACCCAAAGAUAUGGAGCCCAUGGAAAUACUCCGUUGGGCAAUGUUUGAGGAUUCAAUCGGUGGAUCUUUGCUGGGUGUGCAGGAACUAAGGUAUCCAUUAAUGCGUCCAAGGGGAAAUCCUCCGAACAGACGGUCCUUUGGAUGGUCCUUUGAACUUAAGGAGUGAGGUAAGAAGUAGUCAACUCACUCGAGUAGCAGCGAGUAGUUCCUGGGUUGGAGUGCGUGAAGAACAGCAAACCCAGAGCAGUCAGUGUACGAAGUAGGUACUAAGUUCCAUGGAUCUUCUAGGACGGGAUGAAGAGAG